AUGGCCUCUCUUGUUACACUUCACCUUCUUAUCUUCUUUCUGAUUUCCUUCACUAAAGUUCUACCUCUCCCUUCUCUUCUAUCGAUCAAUUGCACCCCACCAUUUCCAAAAGCUCACAUAACUUCAACCAUCAAUCAUAAACAGGACAACUAUAGUAGCUUCAUGCAAUGCCGGCUCGAUCUCACUCCAAAUAAGUGCACCCUCUGCGCACAAAACGCCAAACAAACCAUUUCCGCUCUCUGCCCAAACGCCGACGCCGUUAGAGCUUGGUUUGAUGGUUGCUACAUUCAGCACUACGACCACAACAGUACUAGUUCUUCUCGUGUACAUCUCGAAAGUAGUGCCACCUGGUUCUGCUCACACCAAGCCACUGCUGAUCAAGACCGGUCUCAGUUCGAACUAGUUCUGGAGACAUUGCUUCUACGGCUAAGAUCUGAUAUCAACCUGGCCACUCGCCAUGGAUUUUCAACCGGGGAGAUCCAGUAUGGAAAUGUUAGCAGAGUUUAUGCACUAGCCGAGUGUGUCCGCUACUUGUCACCGAAAGAGUGUGAAGUUUGUGUAGGAAAAGGCAUUGAGAAGAUUUAUGAGUAUUGCGGUGGUAAAGAGGGAGGCACUGUAGUUGCAGGUUAUUGCAUUGUCCGCUAUGAGAGUUUCCGGUUCUUUUCAGACCUUGAGAAUGACGGUGGGGCAGAUUCCGAUGGUGAGUCUGGAGCUGUUCCGAUUGGGGAGAGUGGGAAAGGUGGUUGCAUGGGAUUUAAGGUGAGAGCACCUUUGGUUUGGGGGGCAGGAAUUGCUUGUGUUGCUUUGGUUGUUCUGUCUGCUUGGUUAGUGAGAAGAUCAGUUAUCAAAAAAGCUAAGAUAGCAUCUUUUGGUUAUGGAAAUGAUGAUGAAAUGGGAAUCAAAGGGGUUGUAUGA